ACCUCCUGAAAAUUUUUGAAUUGCAGAAAAGAAGGGAAAAAGUUUUGAAAAAAGGAGAUGUCAACUUUAUUCCUCACUGGUGGGACGUCGGCGAGAGAGGAUGCCAUGCGGCUUUUCCGUGCCUUCAAAGGAUGGGGAUGUGAUAAACAAGCUGUAAUUGAGAUUCUCACCCAUCGAGAUGCAACACAACGUGCUGAAAUCCAACGAGAAUACUAUGCUAUGUAUUCAGAAGACAUUCUUAGACGUCUGGAGUCUGAGCUUUCAGGUGACUUGGAGACAGCUGUUUUGCUCUGGAUGCCUGACCCAGCAACUCGUGAUGCAAUGAUAAUCAAGAAGGCACUUGGAAAUGGUCUAAAUUAUGCCACUGAAGUAAACGACCUGAAAUGUGCCACUGAAGUUAUUUGUUCUCGCACGCCAUCUCAGAUUCAAAUGGUUAAACAAAUUUACUUUUCAAAAUAUCAUGUUCAACUUGAACAUGAUAUUGAAAAUCACACCUCUGGUGAUCAUAAAAAGGUCUUGGUUGGAUCAGCCCAAACAGCCGGUCCAGGUUUUAAAAGCAUGCUUUUACUUGCAUAUGUAAGCCCACCAUUUGAGGAAAGUCUGCUUGUUAAUAAGCAGAUAGCUGAGAGUGAUGCGCAUGCUCUCUACAAAGCUGGGGAGAAGAGAUUUGGAACUGAUGAGAAGACUGUCAUCUGGAUAUUCACAGAACGAAGCAGGGCUCAUUUGGCUGAAGUUGCUACUUUGUAUAAGAAUAUGUAUGGAAACUCACUUCAGAAGGCAGUGAAGAAGGAAACAUCAGGACUUUUUGAGUUUGCUCUCUUGACAAUCUUACAAUGCGCACAAAAUCCAGCGAAGUACUUCGCAAAGUUACUACACAAGGCAAUGAAAGGAUUGGGAACCGACGAGAAGACGCUGACAAGGGUAAUUGUGACAAGAACCGAGAUUGAUAUGCAAUAUAUAAAAGCUGAGUACAUGAAGAAAUACGAAAAGCCAUUGUAUGAUGCAGUUCACUCAGAAACCUCUGGUAAUUACAGGGCUUUUCUUCUUGAACUUCUGGGUCCUAGAAUUUAGGGUUUAUGGAAAUACUAUUAUGGGACUUUAUGGAAAUACUAUUUUUCCUUUUAACUUUUUGUUGGCCAUUCUAUGAUAAGUUGUCAGGAAAAGCCCUUGUUUGUGAUGAUUUGUUAUUUGAAUUGCGUCUUGCGUUUGUAAUGUGUGUAUUUUUCAUUUUCUUUUCUUUUUCUGUAAACAGAAUUUUUUUUAUUGUGAAUCUUUGACAAAAAUUGAAGUACAUUAAAUGGGUUUAA